AUGCCGAUCGUCGUAGGAAGCAAAUUAAUAUCUAAUGUUUCGCAUAUUCCCGGGAGGGGAAGUGUGUUGCGUGUUCCUCUGGUUGAUUUGGGAUCACAAGUCUUGGCGCGUUCAUUGAGCUCCUCAGGUGAUCCGGCGACGGGGGAAAAUUUGAAUAACAAUGUGCCACCAGUCGAUCAGUCUGAAGGUGCAUGGCGCUUGCAGGCUGGUACGAACGACCCGACUCCGGCUAUUCUCGGAUUGUGGACACCGAUCUCAGUCAAUCCGACUCUAAACUCUGGCCGUUUGGUCGUCUACGGCGAUGCGGAUUGCUUGAUGUCCACCCACGUGACUUCCAAUUGUUUCUGGCUUCUGGAUGCUGCGUUGCAAUUUGCGAACAAUCAUUUCGGGCGUAUCCCAUCUCCCCUAUCUGACCACGUGGUAUUGGCCUCCGGUGGUCAGCUAGAUCCGUUAGCUAGACAACCCACCCGCCCACCAGGUCAGUGUCUUGAAACGAUAUUUUAUUCAUUUGUUCAACCGUUUCGUUUUUUCCAGUAA